AUGGUGAAUGGAAUAGGCUUUCUGGACAUGGAGGACCUGGCAGAAACAACCAUGGUGAGGAAUGAUCUGACUGGUGUCCUGUAUGGUGAAGAUAUUGAAAUUUCAGAUACUGAGAGUUUCUCCAAUGACCCUUGCACAAGUGUAAAGAAGCUUAAGGGUAAUGACGUUCGGAUCAUCCUUGGCCAGUUUGAUGAGGAAAUGGCUGUGAAAGUUUUCUGCUGUGCUUAUGUUGAAGAAAUGUAUGGCAGCAAAUAUCAGUGGAUUAUCCCAGGAUGGUAUGAAAACCUUUGGUGGGAAUCCUGGAUUAAUUCCUCACAAUGUCUCAGCAAAAAUCUUCUUGCAGCCAUGGAAGGUUAUAUUGGAGUGGAUUUUGAGCCUCUCAGUUCAAAAAUGAAUAAGACCAUAUCAGGAAGGACUCCACAACAAUAUGAAAGGGAAUACAACGCAAAGCGUGGUGAUGGACAAUCCAGCAAAUUUCAUGGUUACGCCUAUGAUGGAAUAUGGGUGAUUGCCAAGACCUUGCAGCGUGCAAUGAAAUAUCUCAAUGCCACCAACAAGCACCAAAAAAUUGAAGAUUUUAAUUACACAAAUCACAAACUUGGCAAAAUUUUUCUGGAUGCUAUGAAUGAAACGAACUUCUUCGGAGUAACAGUAAGUCCUAAGCAGCAAUUUCUGGGGGAGGAGGGAACUCAUGAUUUUAAGUCAGUAGCUCCAGUAAGCACUGCAUUUAAAAUACUCUUGAAAAAGAAAGAUAGGUGUGUAUUUCUUUUAUUUUCAGAGAUUCCUAAUUUAUCUUUGCAAUUAAAGUGGAUGCUUUGCUUAUUACCUGUCUUCUGCUGCCAAGAGAUGACACUGUUUAAUUACUCAGUUAUCAAAUUUUUAAGCAUUGAUGUGAUCUGAAUUAACAACCCAGAAUGGUCUUAAGGGAACCAUGAGUGCUGUAAGUUGCAGUGCCCUUUCAAGUGAGAGUUUUUGUAGUUAAGAUGUACCUGGGAUGCAAACUGAAAACACCUAUUUUCCCACAUCUUUUAUUUUCAGUAAUAGGUUAUAGUGCACUAUAUAGUACGCUAAUAUCUCCAACUCCAGUGCUGUACAUCCUAAAACAUCCACCAUUAUAUUUCAGGAGGUAUUUACAUAUUUUUAAAUUUUCUAAUUUUUCACAGUCAAGUACAAAGCUUGGUAGUUAUGACUGAACACACAUAAUCACAUGCAAUACUAAUCUAACUCUUUCAGUGACACCAUUGCAAAUUCAUGGUAACUUUUUCUUUGACACUGCUCCUGUUUUUUAGCAGAGGCACUAAGGAAUGUAGCCCUAAAAUUGCUUAACUGUCUAUGAGAUGUCAGAAUUUGAAGGAGUACACAUGUUCAAGAAUGUGCAGAGCUAUUCUCUUUCAAGAGAGCUGAGCAGGCUCCAUUUUAGGGAGGAUGAUCUUCACGGUGGCCAGUAGUUAUAGCAAAUGAGAGAAGCUUCUGGCAUCCUUUUUUUUUUAAUGCAGCAUGUUGGCCUGCAACAUGGUUAGAUAAGGAAAUCAGAGUUCUGAAGAAACAUGUAAUUCAGUGGUGAAUACAAGCAGUGCUUUAGGAAUAUCUCUAUGGCAAGAGCAUGCAGAAAGUUGGCAUCAUUUCUGCUACUGUGCAGUUGCUUGUCACAUUCUAUCCCUGAGUUAAUUUAAAUUGUCUUGGAAAUCAGUUAACCUCAAAACAUUUUGAAGCAGCAGAACUAAGGUUGUCAUACAUGUCACAGAUUGUUUCAAGGAGGAAAUGUCAAAGUGUACAUAUCAAAAAUGAGUGCAGGCUCAACUUUUUGGUGUCCUUGUUAACUGCUGAGGAAACCUGCUUUGUAUCACAAUACAACUGAAACUAAUUUAGGAUUUGUAAUUAAUGAGCAAUUGUGUGGCGAGGUAGUACUGGAAUCUAGUUGCAAAUACAGUACAAAAUUUGCUUUCUUUUUACGUUUUGUUUAGCUGAAGGCUAUAGUAAAAGUAUUUUGCAUUUAUAACAAAACCACAUUGUUGAUAAAUCAGUCAGUGACAGCUGUAAACCAGACUCUAUGGGGACUCAGACAUGUAUGUCCUGAGUUAAUUCAAGCACAGCAUCUCUCAAGGUGGAUGAAAUUCUAUUUUGGCUACACAGCUUUGUUUUUACCAUCUUAUUCUUUUUUGCCUGCUGUUUAGUCCAGGAAGCCCAUUAUUUUAAAACUGAUAGAUGUCAUUAAAACUAUUUAAUUGCUCUCUACUGGCUAAAUCACUGCCCCUCACCCUCAAGGAAAAAGAAAAAACAAACAAACAAAAAAAAAAAGAAAGAAAAAAACCAGCACCUCUAAGAUGUGGAAGAUUCUUUUAUCUUAAUUUUAGCAAAAACUCAAAUGUGAACAUCCCUUUAGGGAAGGAAUGAAUCAAAGAUUUACCAACCAUAUUCAACCAUGCUGAUGUACUUUACAUGUUCCAUUUUUAAUGAAAUUACUGCAAGAUUAUUCAGUGUGUUUAAUAUUUGUCUGAAUCACUUUCUAAAAUGUUUUUUUUUAAGAGUAUUUUACCAAGUCACUGUGACAAUGCGCGACCAAAUCUGGCAUUUGCUUUAUGUUAGCAGUGUAAUCAUUAACUAAUUCAUUGAAAAAUAUAGAUUAUACUUGUGUUGUUUGUUCAAGUACAUAGUGAUAAGUACAGUAUAUUAAGUUUGUUUUCUAUUUUCUUGUUUGUAAAGGAUCAUGCUUCUUGUUCCUACAA